GGGAAGCGCAUGAAGACGACGGCGGGCAUGCGCACUCCAAACUUACCAGGGGACAGGCUUUGGCUUCCGCCCUUGAGAGAGGAAGGGAGCGGAGCCCGUCCUGUGACACGGAGGACGCAUUACGUACAGGAGCGGGGCCGGGACUUCUGGGAAAAGCCAAGAGUUGAAAGAAAACGGAUCAUGUGGAUCACUCUCACCAUGCUCUCCAGGUAUUCACGACACACCUCAUCUACUUCCUGCUCUUCAUUAUUCCAAACUUCCAAGAGCAUAUGUCAGGAAGUUGGCAUAGGCAGACAGCAAAUAUGGAGCCUUCAGAGAUGCAAGGAUGGAACAAAAUGCACCAGCAUGGUUCCACAUAACAUGCUACAUUCCUCCUCUAUGAGCUUCAAAAUAAACAAUAAACAUAACCAUGCAAAAAACUUUCCAGUAUUAGAUGGAGGCAUCCCUUCCCUGUAUAGACACGUAGUUGAAGGCAAUGCAAGAAACAGUGAGAUCUGCGUUCAGAGGUAUUCAGAGUUGCUUGUGAAGGUCAGUAAAGGAGGAGAAAAAAAUGCAAUAUUGCGCCACACUCAGAAGAACAAAAAGUUGCUUGUUCGUGAACGCUUAAAGAUGCUUCUUGAUGAUGAAAGUUUCCUUGAGCUCUCCCCUUUUGCAGGCCUUGAUAUGCCUUAUGGUGAUGUUCCUGCAGCAGGAUGUCUCACUGGUAUUGGAAAAAUCUGUGGAGUCUGGUGUGUCUUCAUGGCAAAUGAUGCAACCGUGAAAGGUGGAACCAUUUAUCCUAUUUCAGUGAAGAAACAACUGAGAGCUCAAGAAAUAGCAAUUAAAAAUAGACUUCCAUCUGUUUACCUUGUGGACAGUGGGGGAGCAUUCUUGCCACUUCAGGCAGAGUUGUUUCCUGACCAAUUCCACGGAGGCCGAAUUUUCUACAAUGAGGCUGUGAUGUCUGCAUUGAGAAUCCCUCAGGUGGCUGUUGUGUGUGGUUCUUGUACUGCAGGAGGUGCUUAUGUUCCUACCAUGGCAGAGGAAACAGCCAUUGUAGAUAAAAUUGGCACAAUGUUUCUUGCUGGGCCCCCUUUAGUUAAAGCUGCCACAGGAGAAGAUAUUCAUCCCGAGGCACUGGGAGGAGCCAACCUGCAUGCUAAGGUCAGUGGCUGUGUUGACCAUUUUGCAUCUUCAGAAAAAGAAGCAUAUGAAUGUGUUAGAAAUAUUAUUUCAACACUCAAUUAUGAAAUUCCUACAGAAGAAACUGUAGAGUAUGACAAUCCCUUGUACAGUGCUGAUGAACUUCUGGGGCUUGCACCACAAGAUUAUAGCUACACUCUACAUAUAAAAUUGAUCCUGAGUCGGAUGAUAGAUGGCAGCAGGUUCCAGGAAUUCAAAGCUAAUUAUGGAACUACCUUAGUAGCAGGAUUUGCCUAUAUAGAAGGACAGCUAGUUGGAAUAGUGGCUAACAAUGGUGAGCUGACUCAUGAAGCUUCUCUGAAGGGUUCCCACUUCAUACAGCUUUGUAGCCAACGAAACAUUCCAAUCCUUUUUGUCCUGAAUACAGCUCCAUGUGCAGCAGAGCCAACCAGUCUCACACAGGCAGAGGAUCACACUAAUAGGCUGAAAGCACAAGCAUCCAUGAUGGCUGCAGUUGCUUGUGCUGCUGUUCCCAAGAUAACCCUUGUGAUUGGUGGCUGCUAUGGAAAUGAAAGCUAUGCUAUGUGUGGAAGAUCAUUUGAUCCAAACUUCCUGUUCCUCUGGCCUAAUGCAAGAAUAGGCCUUGUGGAUUCAAGACAUUGCCAUAUACUCUCAUUUAUUUGGGAUGCUGAUCGCCAAGGAGCAGAAGUAGACUUAAAACUAUUAAAGGAAAAACUAGAGGAAGAAAGUAGUGCGUUCUACUCUUCUGCCAGGCUCUGGGAUGAUGGUGUAAUCCUACCGCAGAGUUCAAGGAAGGUUAUUGCACAAUGCUUAAGAAUUAUGAAACAGCAGAAAUACCAGAUCAUGUCCCUGCAACAGUCUCCUCUUCCUGUCAUAAGAAUGUAAGCAGGAAAGCCUGCCAGUAAAAAAAAAAUGAUUUUGAACAUCUGCCUCCCUAGAUGUUAAAUAGAAACAAUUAGUAUUUUAAUACUGCCAUCAUGAUUUCUUAGUAUGAAAAUGUUUGAUUUCAAUAUAUGUUUAUAUAUCAGUCUUCAAUCAUGCUUCUAUUACUGUCCACACCCAGUGGUAGGAUACUUUAAAUUGAUGCCUUUUGUGCAGAAUAUAACCAAGGAAGUAUUAUGGAAAUCAUUUAUUAGCUGAUUUACCAAGGUUUAAGGUGUCUUGAGUUAAAUAAUACAGAAAACGCAGAUUUAACAGCACCAGAAACACCAAAAUAUAUUAACCAGCCAAGCCCAAAGCUACUGUUUGCCGUUUUGCUUUUAAUUAUUUACUUGUUUUUAUCCUGUAUUCUGUCAACCCCCCUGGGAUCUUAUGAUGAAGGGUGGUGUAUAAAUCUAAUAAAUGAAAUAAUACUUUGCCACCACUCCCAAAAAUGAAGGGGAGCCAACUGAUGUAAACUACGUAUUUUUUAAUCUCUGGCAGUUUUUACCUCUCAGAGUUGGCCCCUGAAAUUUAACUAUAUUAGGUGGUUGAAGCCUUAGCUGCCAAGUACCCCGUUUUUCGCAGGAAACCCCCGGAUUUUAAUCCGUUUCCCGCUGUUCUCCCGAAUUUCCUACCUGCCAGGGAGCCUCCAUUUUGGGUGCCGCUCUUCCCAUGUGUGGGCACCGGAAAUCGGGCACAGUGGCCCCGGAAGUCGCUUCUACGCAUGCCCGGCGGCUGUCACCAAGAUGGCCGCCGCCAUGCGUAGAAGCGACUUCCGGUGCCGCUCUGGCCAAUUUCCGGUGCCCACACAUGGGAAGAGCAGCCCCUGAAGUUGCUUCUAUGCAACUUCUGGUGCCGCGCCGCUGCUGAUCCCGCAUUUUUCAGCGGGAGACUUGGCAGGUAUGGGUUGAAGCUGCAGGACAGUGCACAGAGGUGUGUUUUAUAAGUUAUGAGGCUCUGAUUGUAAAGAGCUUUUCAUGCAGUUUUUACCUCUGCCUUGAAGACUCUUCAAGUUUGGUGCACUAAAGACUUAAUUCUAUAUUCUUUCUGCAUAUAAGAUCAUGAACAUUUUUCCUCAGAAGUGGGGGGAAAGUUAAGAGAUUAAUUGUAAUUAUCUUUUUUAACUUGUCCAUAAUUGUUAAAAAGUAUUAGAAUUCAAGACUAUAUUAAAGAAUGCAUUCUCACUUUGUUUCUGAAAAUAUAUUUGCUAAGUGACUAACAGUUACAAAAUCGGUCUAUAAUUAAAAGUUUUUUAUGUGUUUAAA